GAGAGCUGACCCAGGUGGAUGCUGGGGGGGACCAGAUUUUGGUUGGAGUGGACAGACGCAAUGAUGUCUUCUGCUCCAACAAGGUGGCCGCAGUCUCAGCGGUCAAUCACAACAGUCCGAGGUACAAGGUCAUCCGGGGGAAGAUGAAGUACUACUCGUGCGGGCCCCAAACCUGCUGGGGGGUCAAUCCGGCCGGUCGCGUCUUCUGCCGGCUGAACGUCCACGCCAAUUCGUGCACCGGCUCUCAUUGGCGGAGGGUUGACGGCCGUUUCCUGAUGGUGGAGGUCGGCACAGACGGCACUGUCUACGGCGUAGACAGCCGAGGUCGGGUCUUUCGCAGGUACGGCAGUCCGAGUGCGGCGACAUCGGGGGGGAGGGGGUGCGGGAAGGGGAGGGGUUCCAUUCCGAAAGCAGGUGACGCCCCCCUCCCCCCUCCCCCCCCCGUCCCGAUCGCGAAUGAGCGGGUCCGGCCUGUACUCCAUUCGGAAACGCAGGCCUUUCGGCCCACCCAUGUCUGCGUGAACCGUGAUACUGUCCCAAACUAUCCCUGCCCACCGUCUGAAUCCCGCUAUUCCCUGUCCUGUCCGUGUGUCUGUCUAAAAGCUGCUGGAACCUUCCAGUCAUAAGCUGCUUCACCAACUCCCCGUGACCAAACAGCGACCACCCUCUGGGUCAAAUACUUCCCUCACACAAACAAGGCAAGUUUAUCCAAUCUCUCCUGAUAGAGAACACACUCCAGUCCAGGCACAAUCCUGGGAG